AUGCCGGUGUCCGGGCAGCGCAUCCUCCCAGAUCCCCGGGGAAUGCCCCCAAAACGGGGAUAUUCCUUUCCUGCUGGGAAGUUCCAGCCUCUCAAGUCCCGGCUGACUCAGCCUGGCAGAGCCACAGGUCUGUCCCCUGUGCCGGGUUGGCUGGCCUGGUGUCCCCGGCUGCGCACCCUCCUCCUGGACCUGCUCCUCAUCUACAUCUCCGUGCCCUUCCUCAUCCGCCUCUUCCCCAUCGUCCUCACCAAAUUCGUCUUCCUGAACUUCCUGUCCUUCCCCUUCUUCGUGGACCUUCGGCGGCCGGAGCUGCUGCUGAACAACACCAUCAGCCUGUACCUCCCCACCGAGCCGGGCGUUACGGUCGGCAUCUGGCACACGGUGCCGGGCAGCAGAGGGGCCGAGGCGCAGGGCAAGGACCAGCGGUGGUACGAGGAGGCCCUUGGUGAUGCUCACCCCGUCAUCAUCUACCUGCAUGGCAACGGGGGCACCAGGGCUGCGAGCCACCGCGUCCAGUUCUUGAAGACGAUGGGGGCUGCUGACUUCCACAUCCUGGCUCUGGACUACAGAGGCUACGGGGACUCCAGUGGGUACCCCACGGAGAGUGGCUUCACCACGGAUGUCCUGGCGCUCUACGACUGGGCCAAAGCACGGAGUGGGAACAGCAGCAUCCUCUUCUGGGGACACUCCUUGGGGACGGGGAUUGCCACAAACACAGCAAGGAAGUUGCAGGAGGAACGAGGGGUCCAGGUAGACGCCGUGGUCCUGGAGUCACCCUACACCAACAUCCGCGAGGCGGCCGCCCACAUCCCCAUCACCACGAUCUACCGCCAGUUCCCGGGUUUCGGGUACUUCAUCCUGGACUCGCUGGCCCUGGGUGACAUGUUCUUCCCCAGCGACGAGAACGUGAAGGUGCUGGCCUGCCCCCUCCUCAUCCUGCACGCAGAAGAUGAUGCUGUGCUGCCUCCGCACCUGGGGCGCAAGCUCUUCGAGACCGCACGCGAUGCCUACAAGGACAAAACCAAGGUGAAGUUCAUUACCUUUCCCGAAAAGCUGGGUCUGGGCCACGACUACAUCUCCUUCAACCCGGAGCUGCCCACGCUGGUCAAAGACUUCUUGAAGAUGAAGUGAUGCCUGCUGCUGCACUGGAACAGGCUGCCCAGGGAGGGUGUGGAGUUCCUUCUUCUGGACAUCUUCAAGCCCCACCUGGAUGCCAUCCUGAGUGAUGGAUCUCUAGGAUCUCUAGAGGUCCCUUCCACCUCUGUCCAAAUCUGUGAAUCUCUGGGCGGCCACCACAAGCACUCCCUCCAACCUCCCCAGGAACCCUUCCUUGCACUGAAUUUACUGCUGUACGGAAUAAAAACUACUGAGAAACUUU